AUGGCUGCCCGCACUGUUGCCCGCCCACGAACUCCUCUGAAGUGCACAGCAUGUGGCAAGAAUGGCCACACGCGUGAACGCUGCUGGACCAUCGUUGGAUACCCUCCAGGUCGCGAGCCUCGCUUCAACAUGUCACGGCCUUCCAUCUUGGGGAAACCUCCCUCGACUGCAAAUCAGAUCUCUCUCACUCCAUCCACUUCCAUUCCAGUCCCUGGGUUGUCACCGGAGAUGUAUCAGAAGCUGCUCAGCCUCCUAGCACCAUCGCCCACUCCGACUGACCCAUCCCCUACGAAUUUCGCUGGUAACCUCUUCUCCCCUUCUGAUUUUCCCUUCAAUCGCCGCCUCCAUUGGGUGGUGGACAGUGGUGCGAGCCACCACAUCUGUCACCACCGUGAAUCCUUUGUUGAUUUGAAACCCCUUGCCUCUCCUUACCAUAUUCGGCUCCCAACUGGGGAGGAUAUCCCAGCCCAAGGGCUGGGCACAUGUUUUUCUCAAUCUCAGGCGGAUCAUUCUUUGUUCACUCGCAUCACUUCCUCCAGCAUCUCAAUACAAAAAUUAAUAGACAGUUUUUAG